AAACGCACAGUUUGACGUUAUGCCAAGCGACUUCUGUAACAUUAGGCUGUCGACAAUUGUCCUACGGUGAAUUUGCUGCGCCAGUGCUCUCAGAUAUCACCGGUUAAGUGAUGUCUCGACUCGUCAAGAAGUCGCCAUCUGUUUGUACGGAUCUACCGCUGGACAACACUGAUAUUUCUAACAAGCUUCAUUUGUUUUAUCAGCUUUUGAGAUCUUGCUUCGGUCCGACAGGUAGACUAAAGCAAGUUCAUAACAACAUUGGAGGGCACGUUGUAACCACCUCAGCCUCCUCAGUUCUCCUUCCAGCCAUUUCCUCCUCACAGCCUUUCAUCAACCUGAUAAAAACCUCUAUUCUCAACCACGUUUCUCGUUUCAGUGACUGUGGUUUGUUUGCUGCCGUUCUUUGUUUGUCUCUCAUUGAGCAAGCAAAGCAGUCUGGCCUCAGAUAUAAUGUGGCUAUCGGAGUGAACAAGCGUUUGCUGGGUCUGUGCACCAGUUACCUCCAACGAGAAGACUGCGGUUGUAAAGUGAAGCUCGACUUCUGCAGCAGCCACAACUUGAUCAAAUUAGCUCGCAGCAUUAUCUCCAGCAAACCAGCAUGUGUGCUAACAGAGGAGGAGGCACUUCACAUCAGCAAGUUGGCUGUACAAGCUUUUUUGCUAACUGUUCCGUGCAACAGCCCAGGUACAGUCAGACUUGGAAAAAUAGUGAGUGUCUCUGUUGAAGGCCACUCUGUGCUAAACUCUGCAGUGUUUCCAGGUUUACUGGUGGAUAUGCCUGAUGACUUUUUCCUCAACAAGGUAGAGGACCUGCAGUCCAAUCUACUGCGUGUGGUGUUGUUCAGUGCAUCUCUUGCAGGAGACCUUUGUGAACUAGGAAAUGGAAUAAUUGAGGUGCACCCAGGUGUAGACACAGACUCGCAGAUCCUGGAUCAGCUCCUGGAGCUUGGCAAACAGGUGGUUAAAGAUGAGGUGACGGUCUUUGUGUGUCAGAAGGUCAUACACCCAGUCCUACAGCAAUACCUGAGGAGUCACAGUAUCAUAGUAAUAGAGAGACUGGGAAUCACUCUCAUGGAGCCACUAACUCAGCUGACAGGUGCUCAGCCUGUGGCCACAUUACAUUCCACAAUUCCAGCCAAGGCCUAUGGGAAGGUGGGGGAACUCAUUCUUAGGCAGUUUGGAUCCAAGAAUAUGCUGCAUAUACAUCCUCCUGCAGAGUCAGCGGUCUGCACGAUGAUCCUCUGCCACAGGAAUGAGACAAUGUUAAGUGAGGUGAAGGUGGUGUGCCAGAAGACAGAGCAUGUGUUGAGACUCACCUUGAGGGAACCAUCCGCCUUAGUUGGAGGUGGGUGUACUGAAACCCACUUGGCUGCUUACAUCAGACAAAAGAGCAUGAACGAAGUCACAGAGACAGUAUCAGCGCUACGGUGCUCACAGGCAGAGUAUUGUCUUGGGGUGGAGGGAUUCUGCCGCUCUCUGGAGUCUGUGGCUGCAGCACUGGAGCACGAUGGUGGGAAUUCUUUAAUCGACCUGACUCAUGCUCACCACUGGACUCUCCCUGCAGAUGUCAUGAAAGACCACAUGGAGGAUAACUUGGGCUUCUGUGGCUGUGGACUAGUGCAAAGUAGCCCAGAUAAGAAGUGGACUUAUCUGAACACUAAAUACUCCCAGUUCUCACCUGCACCACUGCCGAGAGACACUACUGUGCAGCCAUGUGUGCUUGACUCCUUCACAGCUAAACUCAAUGCAUUGCAAGUUGCUGUAGAAACUGCUAAUCUCGCACUUGAUGUGCGAUAUGUAAUUCAGGACAUGAACUAGAAGAAUAGACGUUUUAUCUAGUGUGGAACUCUGGUUUGUGAUGAUCAGAAUGAGGAAUGAAUGCUGAAUGAAGUAAUAUUCAGUUCAGGCACCAGACACGAGAUGUCAGCAUUUCCUUGAGUGAUAAUCUGAUUGAACCCUGGUGUCGUGAGAAUGUCUUGCCUCUAUCUUGUUGUCUUGUGGUUUACCUCUCAAGAUACUGACUUAUUAGCCCACGUGUCAGUAAUAUUAAGGUAAUUUUACAACCAAAUACUGAUUACUGUUCUGAUUGCUUUUAUUAAUCUGUUACCAUUUUUUUAACUUUUCAGCCAAUAACACUUUUUGUGAGAGUUUGCGAGAACAUACAAAUUCAGAAUUCAGCAUCUAGGGAAGAUAUUAGGCAAAGUUUUAUGAUCAGAGAGACCAUGGCUGUGGCUCAGGAGAUAGAGCAGGUCAUCCUCCGAUCAGAAAAUCAGUGGUUCGAUCCCCCCAGUCUGCAUGUCCAAAUCAUUCAAGACACUGAACUCACCUCCACUCACCUAGUGGGGAGUGAUCUGCCAUCAGUGUAUGAAUGUGUGUGUGAAUGGGUGAAUGUUACGAAGUUGGUAGACCAGAAAAGCACCACAUAAAUGCAGUCUAUUUGCUAUUCACUCUGUCUGGUGAGGUAUCUGGACCAAGUUCCAUACAGUGUGAUGAGAUGUCCCAGCUCUCUCUUCGCUACAGUGGUCAACUAUGCUCCGAGACUCCAAGAUACUUGAACUCACUCCCAACCCGCUGUUCUCCAGCAGAGAACAAUGGCCUUAGGUUUGGAGGUCCGGUUUUUGCUGUUUCACACUCGCCUGCAGACUGCCCAAGUGUGUGCUGAAGGUCAUGGUCUGAUGAAGCCAGUAGAACUACAUCAUCUGCGUAAAGCAAUUCUGAGGUCCCUAAACCAGACAGCCUCAUCCCCCCCUGGCUGUGCCUUGCCACCAAGGAGCUUCUUCACUACCUCAUAUACCUCUAGGGAUAUGGAUGAGACUUCCCAGGAGCCUUCAAACUCUGCCUCCUCCAUAGAGGACAUGUGGGUUGGUUAAGAGUUCCUCAGAGUGAACUUUCCACUUCUCAACAAUAUCCCCAGUCCAGGCCAGUAGUUCUCCUCCCUGAUUCGCAACAACCUGAGCCAAGCCCUGCUUUCCCUUCCUGAGUCAAUGGUUUGCCAGAGCGACCAAAAGUACUUGUCCACAGCCUCUGUGAACUCCUCUCACACCUGGCUGUUUUCUUUGGCCACAGCCCCUCUGGCCUCCUGGUACCCAUCAACUGCUUCAGAAGACCCCCAGCUUCAAGGUGGAAAGGCCUUCUUCAGUUUGAAGGCCUCCUUGCCGCUCAUAUCCUCAAGCAGGUUCUUAGGUUGCUGCCAUGACAGGCACCGAUGACCUUCUGACGACAACUCCUACUUGACGCUUCCACAAUGGAGGCCUUGAACAUAGCCCACUCAGAUUCCAUAACCCUGUGAGGACGAGAAAUUCUUCCAGAGGUGGGAGUUGAAGACCCCGCAGACAGGACCUCCACCAGAUGU